GGUGUUUCUAUGUUUCGAGUCUUUCAGGAAUCAGGUGAACAGAUGUCUGUGUUUAUUCCUCUCGGUUGAACUUCAGGUGAAUCUGCGACAGACACGAGAAGCUGUGCUGUGUUUGAAAAGAGGAGGAAGAGGAGGAAGAGGAGGAAAAGGAGGAAGAGGAAGAAGAGGAAGAAGAAAUCAGACCAUGUGACCCGUUGUUCUCCUUUAUGAGAGAGCUGGAGAAUCUUUCCGCUCAGUGACGAUGAAGACUCAGAACAAACAAGAGCUGAUGCUGGCGAGCCUUCUGCUCCUGGGCCUGUGUGUCCGGGCCUCCGCCGUGUUGGACGGCAGACUGGACGUCCACUGGGAGCUGUGGAAGAAGACUCACGGGAAGUCCUAUCCAGAAGAGGUGGAGGAUGUGCGCCGCCGGGAAUUGUGGGAGAAGAACCUGAUGCUCGUUACCACGCACAACCUGGAGGUCUCCAUGGGGCUUCACACCUACGACCUGAGUAUGAACUUCAUGGGAGACCUGACAACAGAGGAGAUCAUGCAGUCGUACGCCGCGCUCACUCUGCCUGCCCACAUCCAGAGGGCGCCAUCUCCUUUCGUGGGCACGUCAGGCGUAGAGGUUCCUGACACUGUGGACUGGAGACGCCAAGGCUUCGUCACCAGCGUCAAAAUGCAGGGUUCAUGUGGCUCCUGCUGGGCCUUCAGUGCUGCAGGGGCCCUCGAGGGCCAGUUGGCCAAGACCACAGGAAAGCUGGUGGACCUCAGCCCCCAGAACCUGGUGGACUGUUCUGGGAAAUACGGCAACAAAGGCUGCAACGGGGGCUACAUGAGCAUGGCCUUCCAGUACGUCAUCGACAACCAGGGCAUCGACUCAGAGGCCUCGUACCCGUACAGAGGACGGGAUCAGCAGUGCCGCUACAGCCCCUCCUACCGCGCCGCCAACUGCUCCAAGUACAGCGUCCUGCCUGAAGGCGACGAGGGCGCUCUGAAGCAGGCGCUCGCCACCAUCGGGCCAAUCUCCGUGGGCAUUGACGCCACGAGGCCCAAGUUUCCUUUAUACAAGAGCGGAGUGUACAACGACCCGGGCUGCUCCCAGCAUGUGAACCACGGGGUGUUGGCUGUGGGCUACGGUUCUGAGGGCGGGCAGGACUACUGGCUGGUGAAGAACAGCUGGGGAACGACUUUCGGAGAUCAGGGCUACAUCAAGAUGUCGCGCAACAAGAACGACCAGUGUGGCAUCGCCUCGUACUGCAGCUAUCCCACCAUGUAGCAGCACGGAGAGACAGAGAAAUCUUUAAUAAUCAAACUAAAUUUUCUGUUCUAUGCAAAUUUUUUAAUAUAAGGUUUUACAGUAAGAGCCACUAAUGGGAAAGUGUUUCUAAAAGUACCAGCACUAUUUGGUGUAUUCUAAACAUAAACAUAUCUCCAGGUGGAAUUUAAAAGUUUUCCUGUAAACACCUCGUCCCUGAAACUCACUGUCUUGUGUUUGUGUGAUUUUUAAAUCUGUAAUAAUGAAAUGUACGUACUCGCUGCAGAGGCUCAGACAGGUUUGGAUCCAUAUAUAGGUUUAGUCUCAGUAAACAUCACGUCUGUGCCUGCGGUCGAGGUGAAGAAGUGAUUUUGGCUCCAGCAGCUGUUAAACCUGCCAUAAAAGCCAGUGAAAGGAAACCAUUGACGUUGGAAAUUGGUGUGUUGGUCAGUUUAGCUUUUACAUGUUACCAGGGAUCGUCCGAAUCAAUACCGGUGUCUCUGGUAGAUAUCUGUGCACAUGUUGAUGUAGCAUGCACAAGCUGCCGAUCGGCAACUAUCGUGCACAGGAGAGAGUCUGGAUCGUUUCUUUGUUUGCUGCAGUGAACCUUUAAAAUGUUGCAGCUGUUCUGAGUCUUAAUGCUAAGCUAACUGGCUUUAAUUUCAUAUACUUUCUCCCUGCAACUAAUGACCAGGUUUCCUCCAAUGUUCAACUCCUGUAAAGAAAGACAGUAAAAUGGGUUUUGACAAUAAUUAAACUGGUGAAACAUUAA